GUGCUCGAGUACAUCCGAUUGCCGCUGUGCGAUCCCAAAUUUUUGGUGUCUGUCGUCUCCGAGGAUCCGCUGGUAAAAGCCGACCCUGCCGCUCGAGAUCUCGUAGAUGAAGCCAAGAACUACCUGCUCCUCCCCCUCGAACGGGCCCAUAUGCAGGGCCCGCGGACGCGGCUACGACGCGCCGCGUACUGCGGCGAAGUGCUGUACUCGGUUGGAGGAUGGUGUUGCGGAGAAGCAAUUAAACACGUCGAACGCAUGAACCCCAACCAGCGACAGCCAAAGUGGGAGCAGGUAGCCCCGAUGAAGAAGCCGAGGUGCGGCGUCGGCGUCGCCGUCUUGAAUGGGCUGCUGUAUGCCGUCGGAGGACACGAUGGCGUUGCGUAUCUCAACUGCGUCGAAAGAUACGAUCCCGCGACGAAUCAAUGGGACAACACUGUCGCCCCAACAACCUCGUCCCGAACAUCGGUUGGCGUGGCGGUGCUGAACCGCUGUCUUUACGCCGUCGGGGGCCAAGAUGGCGUCAGCUGCCUGGAUUUGGUCGAAAAAUACGAUGCUCGCGACAAUAAAUGGACCCAGGUGGCCAGUAUGGGAACGAGGAGGCUUGGCGUCUCGGUUUCGGUGCUCAAGGGAUGUCUUUAUGCCAUCGGAGGUUCAGACGGGCAAAACCCGCUACGAACUGUUGAACGCUACGACCCCCGGACCAAUAAAUGGACGUCCGUGCAGCCUAUGAAUGUCCCUAGAAAACAUCUCGGAACUGCUGUGUUUGAUGGGAAGCUGUAUGCGGUCGGCGGGCGAGACGAUAAGCUGGAGCUCGAUUCUGCGGAAUACUACGAUCCCAUUACGAACGAGUGGCGCUUCAUCGUCGCCAUGCAGAGCCGACGAUCUGGGGUUGGCCUUUCGGUGAGCAAAAACAAGCUCUACGCCGCCGGCGGGUUCGACGGGAACUCUUAUCUGAAAUCUGUUGAGGUCUACGAUCCACAGGAGAUGUCCUGGCGCUUCCACAGCAACAUGAAUUUUCGUAGAUUGGGCGGUGGGGCCGCGACUAUCCCGAUGCUGAACGUGCAGGAAGAUAAAGCCAAAGAGCAGCAGGAAACAAGCGAAUCGGGGGAAUCGCCAGAAGUCGAGAAACGUGAAAUGGAGGACAAUUUACUUGGAAGAAUGCUGAUUCCCAAAUCACACCGGCGCGCAAUCUACGAAUACCUCUUCAACGAGGGAGUCACCGUCGCCGCCAAGGACCCCAAUGCCAAGACGCACCCGAACAUCGAAGGAGUCACAAAUCUCGAGGUCAUGAUGGCCAUGAAGAGCUUGGCCUCGCGGGAGUUGGUGAAGCAGCAGUUCGCCUGGCGCCACUACUACUGGUAUUUGACCAACGAGGGCAUCACCUACCUCCGCGAAUACCUGAAUCUGCCAGAAGGAGUCGUGCCCGCUACAGUCAAGAACAAGGCCAAGGAGCCCCGAUUGCCGCUCGGAGACCGCCCGUCCCGACCAGGCCCGAAGGCCGAGGGAGAUCGUGAUGCCUACAGGACGACCGAGAAGCAGACUGAUGCCGGACCCGGAGCUGCCCCCGUGCACGCCUAUUGCGAAACGCCAGAUAUCAUCAUCUGCGGAAAUAAGGCAGACCUGGAGAACCGACGACAGGUGAGCACAGCACGAGCCAAGCAGCUGGCCGAUCAGUUGGGACUGCCCUACUUCGAGACGUCGGCGUGCACGUCGACGAACGUCGAGCGGGCCGUGGAUUGUUUGCUGGACCUGGUGAUGCAGCGCAUUCAGCAGAGCGUCGAGACGAGUGCGGUUUCGACGGCC